UGCGCGCGCCCCCUCCCAGCCUCCAGUAGGUUCUAUUUCUAGAAGCGGCGCGGGGGCGGGCAGAUUUCUCUUUGUUCUAUGUACCUGUUGAAAGCGCGUAGGGGCCAGGCCGCCCCGGGGUAGCGCGCGCAGGGGUCCCGACCCGCGGCCUGGCACCAGCCCUAUAUAUAAAGAGGUCUGAGCUCUGCCAUCACACUUUUCCGAAAUCCGUCUGUCGUUCAAUACCAGCCGCGAUACAAUAUUGAUCAAUCGCGAGUGUAAUUUAGUAUCGACGUCAAUCAGAGAACAAAGUAGGUAAGUUGCACGUAUUGGUUAAAAAAUAAUUUCACAUUGUUAUUGCGUCCUAGCUCAUCAUGGCAGCCGAUGGUAGAAAGCGAAGCUCCAUGGCUAGUUUACCAGCGAUAGAAGUUUUACAAAGAAAUGUCUUUAAAGUUCCAACACAUUACUCAAGGAAACCGCGCGUUAUUCCCUUUCAUCUACCACACAGAAAAUUACUGGAAAAAAUUGAAUACACAAAAGAGGAACCCGAGCCGCUGACUGGGUUUGCGGCAGCGCAAGAGGAGAGGUUCAAAAGAGAAGUCAAACCGUCGAGACUGCAGUUAGAGCCACUGAAAGUCGACGAAAACAAAAAGAAACAGACUAAAUCAAAAGUGGUACUUAUUGAAGAGGAGUGUCCAACAGAGGACCCCCUAAAGAUCAAACCGAUCGUGGCCUCCCAGAAUGAAGUUAUAGCUGAAAUGAGAAGGCACCCUGAGCAAGGGUUCAUAUACAUGAUAUAUGUCGUGCCCCCAGAGAAUGUGUACUUCACUCCGUACUAUCUUAAGGUGGUCCCAUACGACCAAAUCGACAAACACAACUACUUCACGCUCAGUCCGUGCGGCGUCACUCACUACACCAACGAAAUGGUCUUCACUAAGCUAGAUGCGUGGGAGCAAGAGUACAACAUCUUCGUCAAACUAACCGAGAUAAAGUUCUUCAAUGUUUACCGUUACUGGAAAGCCUUCUACGUAUGGAGGAAGUCUAUAUUGUUUAGAAAGUUCAGCAAAAUGCGCAAUAAAUUGGCUAAGAACCUUUUCACACUGACUCCGGUGCUUGGGAAGGCUCUGCUGAAUAUUCAGGCGAUGUGUUGUGAAAUGUACAUGAAGAGUUUUGCCGAUGUGACAAUAGACAUGGAUACAGCUUUCUUCUAUUUCAUUGAACUGCAGAUGAAGCGCGUGGAAAUUAUGCGUGAAACGCUUACGGAAUACCGCUCAGUAGUCUUGGAUUUAGUCACGGCGGCUUGCCACGCGGCGCUUUAUCUACAAGGGUUUAUCUACGACGAUAGGAACAUACCACCGUUCCAGGUCAUCCGUGGUAGGCCCACUGGCGGAAUGUCUUACACUGAGAAAGCGAAUAAGCGGAAGUACUGCGAACGUUUGGCUUGCUUCAUCAAGCUCGUGGACUACAUGACCAACUAUAUGCUGUACCGUCUGACGCGGAGGUCCAACUACAUGUUAGCGGGUCUGCUGAGGGUCCACUACGGCUUCACUCCUGAGCUCAGCUUGCUGCAGGGCACCGCAGUAGACCAGGUCUUGGAGGCGGUGCCGAGAGACACUGAUACUUGCCAGUGGGCGUUGUUCCAAGUGGACGCAUACGUGCUCCCGACCGGCGAAGUGGAACUCAACCCGAGCGAGAAAGUCAUAUCCGAGUACAUGGACAAGAUCACCAGCUACUGGGACGAGUUCGUGAGAACUUUCCGCAACUACCUGAACGACGAGGGUCUACAGAUAUUCGUGCAGCCCACGAUCAUGGGCAAGCAGGUGGACUGGUCCGCCGGAGUGGCCCCGAACCUCUACUUCCUGAUGCAGCAAGACAAGCAGCUUCUAGACGACAUUGAGUUCAUCCCGCUGUCCAUAAAGCUGGCUUACGAGUCUGUGGGCGUAUUCCUGGGUCGCAUGCAAGGGUUCAUGGAGAACUUUAGAGAUGCCCACGAGAAAGAUGUGGAGGAGAUCCGUCGGGAGAGGGACUUAGCUGUGUUCAGGGCCCUGGCGGAGCAGUACAUCAGGCAAAUGGAUCAGAUCGAAGAGCUGGUGAGCUACCAACCCUUGGGCCUGCUGUUCCUGAGCCUGGUUCCCUUCCAAGAGCUGUUCCGGCCGCAGCCGCGCCGCCUGCUCGACGUCAUCACGAAUGUUACUCCUGAGAUCGGCCACGAGUGCAUAGAAGAGAUCGUGUCCGGCAUCAAGGCCGUCAGAGAGGACAUAGACAAGGAGCCGGAGACUGCAGCCGAGCUGGUGGCGUUCCACUUCAUGUUAGAAGACCUGGAGGGCCGAGUGGCUCAGCUCGAGGACCGGCUCGAGUAUCUACGGGAGCUGUACGACAUGAUGGCCGAGUUCAACAUGCCCGUGCCGCCCGACGAUAUGACGGAGUACUUGGGUCUGAGUGUGAUCCUGGUGUCGCUCCGGUCGUCGUGCGACGCUCGGCUGGAGUCACGGCAUCUCCUGGCAGACAAGUUCGCGAGCCAGAUCGGGAAAGACAUCAUGGCUCUCAUGAUGGAUGUCAAUGAACUGCGGGAGCAGAUUGUUCAACCGUGGUUGUACGACGACAAGUCCAGCAUGGAGAAGGUGCUAGAAGCUCUCGACGAACUCAACGAGAAGCUGGCGGCGUGUACCGAAAGGGACAAACAGAUCAGAGCCUGGCAGAAGAUAUUCAAGAUUCCUCCGGCGCGGCUGGAGCAGCUCGAGGAGGCCCUGGCCGACGUGAAACUGCGACAGAUGCUCUGGAAGUCUUCCAAGGAGUGGGAGGACCUUCACAACUCGUGGUACGACGCAGAUUUCCACACGCUAGACAUCGAAGAAAUACAGAACACAACGAUGAACUACGCCAAAGUGUUCAACCAGCUCGACAAGGGACUUCCCCCCAACAAAAUUGUACCCCGAUGCAAAGAAACCAUCGAUGAUAUUAAAGAAAAGCUCCCAGUGAUGUCCUACCUCCGCGACCCGGCGCUCAAGGCGCGCCACUGGGUGCUCAUUGAGGAGAUUCUCUCCACUAAUCUCCCCGCGGACGAGGCGCUGUCGCUGCGGCGGCUGCAGGAGCUGGGCGCUUUCCAGCGAGCCGACCUGAUCGAGCAGGUGGCGGGGCGGGCCGGCGGCGAGGCCCGGCUCGAAGCACUGCUUAAGAAGGUGGAAGAGAUGUGGGCAUCGCUCGAGUUCCCCGUAGUCCAGCACAAAGAUGCCCGUGACGUCUACAUCUUAGGUGGCCUGGAAGAAAUCCAGGCGUGUGUUGACGAGAGCAACAUACACGUCAGCACAAUACUAAGCUCCCGGAACUGCGGACCAAUCAGGAGCCGAGUUGAGGAGUGGGCGAGGAAUCUUGAGUUGUUUUCUAAGACUGUGGAAGAGUGGUCUCAAUGCCAGCAGACCUGGAUAUACCUGGAGGUGAUAUUCUCUGCUCCGGACAUGCAGAGGCAGCUGCCCAACGAGACCAGACUGUUCUCGAUGGUCGACAAGUCCUUCAAGGAUAUCAUGAGGAAGGUUGCUAAGAUGCCGCUAGCCAUGCCGGCGGCCACGCAGCCCCAGCUCUACUCCACGCUCCUACGCAACAACGAGAUGCUGGAGCAGAUCAGCAAAUGUCUGGAGGCGUAUCUGGAGACCAAGCGCGCCGCCUUCCCGAGGUUCUACUUCUUGUCUAAUGACGAGCUGCUGAGUAUACUCGCACAGACUAGAAACCCGCACGCAGUACAACCGCAUCUCCGCAAAUGCUUCGACGCAAUAUCCAAACUGGAGUUUGGGGUCAAAUUGCCAGAGUCAGAAAUGGAGAUCGCAGAAGAUGGCACAUUAGUCGAGAGAGAGAUGUCAUUUACUACUAGAGACAACCUACAAGCCAAACUAGCUCUUACUGCCAAGCCCGAGGAUCUCACCACUGAUAUUGUGGCUAUGCUCUCGCCUGAAGGAGAAAGGGUUUAUUUAGGGAAGGGUCUAAAAGCCAGAGGCAAUGUAGAAGACUGGCUGGGUAAAGUAGAAGAGGCAAUGUUCUCAUCAGUUAAGCGAUGUAUGAAGUAUGCGCUCAAAGAUUACGCGGCCAAAGCCAGGGUACAGUGGGUCAAGUACCAUGCCAAUCAGAUAGUCCUAGCAGUGUCUCAAAUCAUGUGGGCUAAGGGUGUUCACGAGAUAUUCGCUUUAGAGAUACCUCUCCGUAUCGACACGGGUCUAAUAAGUUACUUGAAGAAAUGCGUAGUGGACUUGAACGACUUGGCCGCUUUGACGAGGCAGGACCUGUCACCUUUGUUCAGGAGAGUCUUGUGUGCGUUGAUCACCGUGGAUGUCCAUGCUAGAGACACGGUCGAGCAUAUGGUGGAAAAACAUGUGCAGAAGUCCACGGACUUCGAAUGGCUGAAGAUGAUCCGCUACUAUUGGGAGGAGGACAUCGACAACUGCGUCGCUCGCAUGUCCAGCUCCAUGUAUAUCUAUGGACAUGAGUAUUUAGGCGCUGCAGGUGUCCUAGUAAUAACGCCUCUAACCGACCGCUGCUACCUGUGCCUCAUGGGCGCGCUGUCGCUGGAGCUGGGCGGCGCGCCGGCGGGCCCGGCCGGCACCGGCAAGACGGAGACCACCAAGGACCUGGCCAAGAGCCUCGCCGUGCAGUGCGUCGUCUUCAACUGCUCUGAAGGUCUGGACUACAAGAUGAUGGGUCGUUUCUUCUCCGGGCUGGCGACGUCUGGCGCGUGGUGUUGCUUCGACGAGUUCAACCGAAUAGACGUGGAGGUGCUGUCCGUGAUCGCGCAGCAACUCAUCACCAUCAGAAAUGCUAAGGUGGCUAAAUUGACCAGGUUCAUGUUCGAAGGGCGCGAGAUCAAGCUGGUGAAGACAUGUGCCACCUUCAUCACUAUGAACCCCGGGUACGCUGGUCGCACGGAGCUGCCUGACAACCUGAAGGCUCUCUUCAGGCCUAUCUCCAUGAUGGUGCCGGACUAUGCAUUGAUCGCAGAAGUGAUACUGUACUCGGAAGGGUUUGAGUCUUCGAAGGGGUUGGCCAAGAAGAUGGUUCAAAUGUACAAGCUGGCCAGCGAACAGCUGUCCAAGCAAGACCAUUACGACUUUGGCAUGAGAGCUGUGAAGAGCGUGUUGGUAAUGGCGGGUGCGUUAAAGCGCGCGUCCCCGGACCAAAACGAAGAGAUGACUCUGCUGUGUGCACUGAACGACAGCAACCUGCCCAAGUUCCUGUCGGCCGACGCGGUGUUGUUCGCCGGGAUACUGUCGGACCUGUUCCCGGGCGUGGCGCUGCCAGCCCGGGACUAUGGCGUCAUGGAGGAUACUAUUAAACAAGUGGCUCUCUCUCGCAAGCUCCAAGUAGAAGCGUGUCAGACGCUGAAGGUGAUCCAACUACACGAGACCAUGGCCGUGCGCUGGGGGGUGAUGUUAGUCGGACCCACUGGAGGGGGGAAGACUACUGUGCUUGAUAUCCUGGCCGACACCUACACCAGCCUCCACGAGAGGGGAGUCCCGGGAGCCGCGAACCAGCCGGUACACAAAUACGUGAUGAACCCCAAGAGUCUGACAAUAGGAGAGCUGUACGGGGAGGUGGACUUGCAGACGCUGGAGUGGCACGACGGGGUACUGCCGCUGAGCUUGAGGACCGCUGUGCAGUGCGAAGACAAGGACCACCAAUGGCUGAUCUGCGACGGGCCCGUGGACGCGGUGUGGAUAGAGAACAUGAAUACCGUGUUAGACGACAACAAGAUGCUCUGCCUCGCCAACUCCGAGCGGAUCAAGCUCACACCUUACGUGCACAUGCUGUUCGAGGUAGCCGACCUAGCGCAAGCCUCGCCAGCCACGGUCUCCCGUUGCGGCAUGGUCUACAUAGACCCGGACUCGCUAGGCUAUCUACCCUACGUACAGUCCUGGAUAGACGCCAGUGUGGAAGCCAAUCUGUUCACGGAAGAAUACGCGCCGUUUGUCUAUGAGCUGUUCGAGAUGGCGGCAGCGGGGCUGAAGCAUGUUAAUGCGAAGUGUAGUGUUGGGAUUCGGCAGGUGGACAUAAGCAAAAUAACCGCCAUGACAUGUCUCCUAAACUCCCUUCUAUCGGACCCUGGCGACCGUCUCCCGGACAAGCAAGCAGUGAAGACGUUCUACGUGCAUUGCUUCAUAUUCUGCUACGUGUGGUGUGUGGGCGGAAACGUGGUGGAGGGCAGUCGAAGGGGACUGGAAGAGGUGGUCAAGAGACAGUUUGAGGAGUUUGAGGAAGCUGAGUUUUUCCCUCACGGCUUCAACUUUUUCGACAUGUAUAUGGACACAAAACAGCGGCGACUGAAGGUGUGGGCCGAAAUCAAACCUGACUUCGAGUACGACCCGCUCCGUCCAUUCUUCGAGACGCUGGUGCCGACUAUAGAUACGGUCCGCUACGGGUAUCUGUUUGAGAAGCUGCUGAGUGUGAACAAGCCUGUUAUGAUCACCGGUGAUACUGGUGUCGGUAAAACAGUGAUAGUGAUAGAAAUACUGAAUCGUAUGGCUGCAACUGGCCACUACAUUCCCGUGAUACUGAAUUUCUCUGCUCAAACGAGUAGCCAACGGACACAGGAAGUGAUAGAACAGCGGCUAGAGAAGCGCCCGCGCAAGGCGAUAGGCGCGCCCCUAGGGAAGAAAGUACUCAUUUUCAUCGACGACGUCAAUAUGCCUCGUCUCGACAUGUACGGCGCACAACCCACCAUUGAAUUGUUGAGACAGUACCUAGACUACUCCGGUCUCUACGACCGCGCCAAGCUGCACUGGAAGGCGGUGCUGGACGUGAGCUUGUGCUGCGCGUGCGCCCCCCCCGGCGGCGGGCGCCAGCCGCUGUGCGCGCGCUUCGUGCGCCAUUACGCCAUGUUGAACAUAUCGCCGCCCAGCGCUGAUGCACUGCAUACCAUCUUCAAGGCGAUCCUAAAGGGCCACACAGAAGACUUCGUGACAGAAGUGUCGUCCCUCUCCGACAACAUCGUGAACGCAUCGGUGGAAGUGUAUCAGAAGAUAUGUGCUGAGCUCCUCCCGACACCUGCCAAGUCUCACUACGUGUUCAACUUGAGGGACCUGUCGAAGACCAUGCAAGGGGUGCUACAGGCAGAUGCUGGCUACAUGAGGUCUCCUACUGGCAUGCUCAGACUGUUCUACCACGAGUGCAUGCGAGUGUUCCACGACCGGCUCAUCUGCGUCGAAGACCGGAGCUACUUCCUGCACCUCAUGAGCGGCGUCUGUCAGAAGUACUUCCAGACUCCAGUCCUGGAUCUGCCGGAUGAGGCUGUCAUAGAGCAACCGCCAAUACUGCUGUUCGGAGACUUCAUGAAUCCCGCGCAACCGAAAGAGAAUAGGGUGUAUGGGGAGAUCAAUGAUUUGGACAAACUUAAAGUCGUUUUGAAGGAAUACCUUGACGAGUAUAACGAGACAGCUCGGGCGAAGAUGCAUCUUGUGCUUUUCCAUGACGUGAUGGAACACGUGGUGCGAGUGUCGCGGGUGCUGCGGGCGCCGCGCGGGCACUGCCUGUUGUUGGGCCGCGGGGGCGCCGGCCGCCGCACUGUCGCUACGCUAGCUGCAAGUCUUAAUCAGUGCCGAUGCAUGGGCCUCGAGCUGAAGCGCAACUACGACACACCAGAGUUCCAUGAGGACGUCCGCGCCAUGUGUCUCCGCGCCGGGCUGUCCGGCGACGCGGUCUUCCUCUUCACAGACACGCAGAUUGUCAAAGAAGAGUUUCUGGAAGACGUCAAUAAUCUGCUCAACUCAGGUGAAGUGCCAAACCUCUUCGACGGAGACUCCUACGAGCAGAUUCAAAAUGGCUGCCGAAGUGACGCGGAGAAGGCGGGUAUAAACGGCGCGGAUCGCGAUGCAAUCUACUAUUACUUCAUCAAUAUUGUCAGAUCUAGGCUGCAUCUGUGCAUUUGUAUGAGCCCUGUCGGUGAAGCUUUCAGACGCCGCUGCCGCAUGUUCCCCUCGCUGGUGAACUGUUGCACCGUGGACUGGUUCACCAACUGGCCGCCAGAGGCGCUGCUAGCGGUGGCGCAACAGUGUCUACAGCCGCUGAAGGAUAAGGACAACAUAGACAAGAUCGCCAAGAUAUGUGUCGUCAUGCAUCAGGACGUGGACUUGUCGACGGAACGUCUGCAACAGGAGAUGCGGCGCUUCUACUACGUGACGCCCAGCUCAUACCUCGACCUGCUGAAGCUGUACAUGAGGCUGCUGGACGCGAAGCGACAGGAGAUUAUUAGUGGCAGGGAGAGGGUCUCUGUUGGCUUGCAGAAACUGUACGAGACAUUCUCAGUAGUGGGCGUAAUGGAGGAGAAGGUUCGGUCCAUGGAGCCGGUGCUGGAGCGAGCAGCACAACAGAGCCGCGAGCUGCUGGUGCGGCUGCAGGCCGAGCAGCGCGCUGCUGACGCUGCGAGACAGGCCGUGCUGCUGGAUGAGGCCGAGGCCAAGGUUAAAGCGGAAGAAGUAAAAGAGAUAGCUGACGAGGCUAAGGCGGACCUAGCUCUAGCUAUGCCGGCUAUGGAGGCCGCCCAGAAUGCUCUGAAAGCCCUCAACAAAGCGGAUAUCAACGAGCUGAAAGCGUUCGUGAAACCACCGACCCUGGUGCGGUUCGUCAUGGAACCCGUGUGCAUAUUGUUGGGAGGAAAGCCCGACUGGGACUCUGCCAAGAAGCUGCUAGCCGACGUCAACUUUAUCAAGAACCUCGAGGAAUAUGACAAAGAUCACAUUCCUGAUGCGAUGCUCAAGAAACUCAAGGCGUACCUAACGAAUAAGGACUUUAACCCAGAUACCGUCGUCAAGGUGUCGAAAGUCUGCCGCUCCAUGGUGCUGUGGGUGCAAGCCAUCGACAUGUAUGCCAAAGUCUUCAAAGUUGUCGAGCCCAAGAUUAUUAAACAUAAAGAAGCGGCGGCCGAGCUGAAGAGUGUGAUGGCAGUUCUGCGCGCGAAGCAGAAAGAAGUCGAGGCUAUUGAAGCCGCGCUUGAGAAAAUGAAGGACGAACUUAAGACGGUCGAAGAGGAGCGGGAGCGGCUGCAAGCGGAGUGCUCGCUAGCUCGGGCUCGCCUCUCUCGCGCCGGCCAGCUCACGCACGCGCUGGCCACCGAGCAGGCGCGCUGGACCAGCAGCGUGCAGAACGCCACAGCCCGCCUCUCCUGCGCAACAGGCGACAUGCUGGUGGCGUCAGGCUUCGUGGCGUACGUGGGGGCCCUCCCGGCGCACUACCGCGACGAGAUGCGGCUGGCGUGGGGCGCCCUCUGCAAGGAACUAGGCGUGCCUAUUAGUGGGAGUCUUGACCUGGUCUCGAUAAUGUCGGACGAGUACACGGUGGGGCGGUGGCAGGCGCAGGGGCUCCCACGGGACGCGGUGUCGGCGGAGAACGGGCUGCUGGUCACGAGCGCGGGACGCCGUCCGCUCUGCAUCGACCCUCAGGAACAGGCAAACCGCUGGAUCCGCAACAUGGAGACCCCGCACGGGCUGCUCGUGACGUCACUCUCCGACCCCAACUACUUGCGAGUGCUGGAGCGAGGCAUCCGUCUGGGGCUGCCCGUGCUGAUCGAGCAAGUGCCUGAUACACUGGAGCCCACUCUAGCCCCCGUGCUUAUGACGCAGACUUAUACACUGGCCGGCCGUCUGCUGAUCCGCUUGGGUGACUCGGACAUAGAAUACGACCCGGCGUUCCGUCUGUACCUGACUACCAAGCUGAACAACCCCCACUACCUGCCUGAAGUCUGCGUGCAGGUCACGCUCGUCAACUUCACUGUGACGCAACUGGGGCUCGAGGAGCAACUGCUUGCCGACGUAGUGCGUCUAGAACGGCCGGAGCUCGAAGCUCAGCGUACGGAGCUCAUAGAACGCAUCAACGCGGACCGCGGCACCCUGAGACAGCUCGAGGACAAGACGCUGCGCCUGCUGAACGCCUCCUCGGGGAAUAUAUUAGAUGAUGAGGAGCUGAUUGAUACGCUUAAUGAGAGCAAGGAAACAUCCGAAAUAAUCUCCGUGCGUCUAGAAGAGAGCGAGUCGACGGCGCGCGUCACUGCCGCGGCGCGCGAGCGGUACCGCGAGGCUGCCUCGCGAGGCGCCCGGUUGUACCUGGCCGUGGCGCUGCUGGCGGACGUGGACCCCAUGUACCAGUACUCGCUGUUGUACUACAACCAGGUGUUCAACCAAGUGAUAAUGACGAGCGAAAAGUCUGACAUCCUCGAACAACGCCUGGCGAUCCUGCUGAGAGAGAUAACUCUCGCAGUCUACCGCAACGUGUCUCGCGGCUUGUUCGAACGACACAAGCUCGUGUUUAGCUUGUUGCUGAACAUGGCUAUAGUGUUGAGUAAUGGGGAAGUCACGCAGGAACAGUGGGACUUUCUGUUGCGAGGCGCGGCUGGGAGUAAAGUGGUGCCUCCCAAGAAGCCUCCCCUAGAGGCCAUGACAGACGGCAUGUGGCUGGCGGUCCAUCACCUCGACGAGAUGGAGCCGCGCUUCGCCGGCCUGGCGCACGACUGUCUCAGGAAGAUACGUGUGACUGUGGGGGCGUUCUCUGUGGACAUCCACAUCGACAAGUCCUCGUCCUCCCCACCAGCUAAGGACUGGAACUCGCUGCCUCCGUUUCACAAGCUGAUGCUGCUCCGGUGUCUUCGUGAGGAGAAGCUAGUGUUCGCAGUAGCACAGUAUGUAGCCGCCAGCCUCGGGCGGCAGUUCGUGGAGAGCCCGCCGGUGCAGCUGAACACCCUUUACAAGGACACAUCGAGCUCAACCCCGCUAGUCUUCGUGUUGAGUCCUGGAUCAGACCCGUUCUCAUCGUUCCAGCGGUUUGCGGAGGAGGCGGGGAUGCGCGGGCGAGUCGCCAGCGUCUCACUCGGGCAGGGGCAGGGCCCGGUGGCCGAGAAGAUGAUACAGGCUGCCCGGGGGAAGGGCGACUGGGUGUUCUUACAGAACUGUCACCUGGCCGCGUCAUGGAUGCCGACGCUCGAGCUCAUAGUGAUAGGCAUGACCCAGGACCCUGGCUCGCUAGACCCUGGGUUCAGACUGUUCCUCAGCUCCAUGCCCACGCCAACCUUCCCCGUGGCUGUGCUGCAGAACUCUGUCAAAGUAACCAACGAACCGCCCAAAGGACUGAAGGCCAAUGUGAAGAGGUCUUUUGUGGACAUGGACGUGGAUUUCUUUGAGAAUCAUGUCCUCGGCCAAGAGUGGCGCACACUCCUCUUCGGCAUAUGUCUGUUCCACGGCGUCGUGCAAGAGCGCAAGAAGUUUGGCGCCCUCGGCUGGAACAUAGCGUACGAGUUCAACGACACCGACCGCGACUGCGCACUGAUGAACCUGCGCAUGUUCUGCGAGGCCGGCGUGGUGCCGUGGGACGCCCUCGAGUAUAUUACCAGUCAAAUAACCUACGGCGGUCGAGUGACAGACGCGUGGGACCAGCGUUGCCUCACCACAAUAUUGAAGAAAUUCUUCUCCCCGCCUACCCUCGAGGAUGACUACACCUACUCGCCUUCCGGGGUGUAUUACUGCCCUAGGGCGGAAAAAAUAGUGGACUAUAGGAAGUAUAUUGAUCGGUUACCAGAUAUUGAAGAUCCGGAGGUGUUUGGCAUGCAUGAGAAUGCUAAUAUCGCUUUUGAGCACAAAGAAACCUGGUCCCUCAUCCACACAAUCCUGCUGGUCCAACCUCGCAGCGCGGGGGGCGCGGGGGACGCGGGGGACGCGGCGUGGCGCGUGUGCGACAGCAUACGAGCCGCGCUGCCGACCAGAGUGGACGCGGAGAAGAUCAGCCCGGGGCUGUUGGAGACCGAUGCUAUGGGACAGAUGCACUCUCUGACGACGGUGCUCCUCCACGAGACGGAUCGCUUCAACUCGCUGCUGCGAGUCAUCCAUUCCACGCUCAACGAACUGCAGAAAGCUAUUAAGGGCGUGGUGGUGAUGUCGGAACAACUCGAGGAAGUGUUCGCUUCAUUCUGCGACAACCGCGUGCCGGCCCCCUGGCGGCGGCGCGGGUACAACUCGCUCAAGACGCUCGGCAGCUGGACCCACGACUUGGUGCUGAGGAUACACUACAUUGAGAAGUGGCUGACCGAGGGUCUCCAGCCCAGCAGCUGGGUCUCCGGGCUCUUCUUCCCGCAAGGCCUGCUCACGGGCGCGCUGCAGGCCUACGCGAGGAGGUACCGCGUGCCCAUCGACGCGCUCAGCUUCGACUUCGUGCCGACCAGGGUGUUUGUCGCACAGGAUGAUGUGUAUCGGCGGGAGAAGGGGGAUAAGGCGUCGGCGUCGUCAACAGCGGUAUCAUCACCGUCGGUUUACGGCGGGCUGGCCCCGGCGGCAGACGGGAUCCACGUGCACGGGCUGUUCCUAGACGCCGGCCGCUGGGACGCCGCGCGGGACCUCCUGGUUGACCCGCUACCAGGUCAAAUGAACCCUCCCCUGCCAGUGUUCUGGUUCAAGCCGGUGCGUUCUCUCCCGAAGCCCGACCCCCGCUACGAGGCCCCGCUAUACAAGACAGCGGAGCGGGCGGGGGUACUGUCCACGACGGGUCACAGCACCAACUUCGUACUGGCUGUCCUACUGGCCAGCGCGCAGCUGCCCGACUACUGGAUCAUUCGAGGCACGGCGCUGUUGACGCAAGUUACUGAUUAGUGUUGUAGUGUUGAGGCUGAAGGCUAGUAGGCAAAAUGUUGGCCGUAAAGUGAGUUAGCGGUUUACUAUACCGAAUGGUGACGAUACGCUCGCUAGUCUAGUAACGGGCGAACAGUUUACCUACUAGGAACGCAGCCUUGACUUGCAAAUUAUUCGCCUGCAUAUAGCCUGAUAUUGCAUAUUCGUUCGAUGUGAAUAUUAUAUUGAGUUUGUAAUCGAGCUUUCUUGACUUGUAACGUGCCUACCAUUAUGUAUGUUAAUAUAUUAUGUAUAUUUAGAUAAUGAAGUUACUUUGUAGGAUUUUAAUAUAAAUAUUA